AUGAAGAGCAGUGACGAAGCUGGGGAGGAGUUCCAAGAACAACUUUCUGCCCUUCUUGCAUCCGUGCCUAAGGUGGACAAGUUGAUUCCCCUCGACGACUUCAACGCCAAUGCAGACACAAUGUACGUCACCGGGGAAGAAGUGUUUAUUCGUUGUGGAUCACAGCACUGCGAUGGUUACAAAGCUCUUCUGAGGCUCUGCGCCCAACAGCAACCCUUAGUCAGUAGCAGUAUCUUUGUGACUCAACUCACAUAA